AUGAUGCAUAAUCAUAAUAUAAAACGUUUAUAUAUAACAUAUCAUUAUCGUACAUAUAAUGAAUUUUAUGAAUUUUUUGAACGUUUAAACAAACAAUUUCCAUUAAUUGGUUUAGAUUUAAAAUUUUCUCGACAAACUGAAGAUAAAAUUGUUGCACAAAGACAUGUUAGUGAUAUAAAUGAUUUUCUUGAAAAUUUAUUUCGUUCAACAAAUGAAGUCGUUGAAUCUGAUCUUGUUAUUACAUUCUUUCAUAUGAUUCAACAAGAUCAACAAAUCAAUGAUUCGAAAGAAAAACCUAAUGAUGAUUUUUCAUCACGUUUAGCUCAUGAUUCAUCAUCAAAUAAUCGACCAAAAAUUCGUAUACAAUUAAAAUAUGAUAAUGGAAAAUUGUUUGUUAUGGUUCGAUAUGCAAAUAAUUUGCCAUUAAUCAAUGGCAACGAUCCAAAUCCAUAUUGUAAAUGUUAUUUAUUUCCUGAUGCAUCUAAAUCAACAAAAAGAAAAGGAAAAACUAUUAUGAAUUCACGAAAUCCAAUAUUUAAUGAUACAUUUACAUAUGAAAUGGAUUUAUCCGAAAUUCAAAAACGUCUUAUUCGUGUCAGUGUAUGGAAUAAUGUAUUAGCUGUUGGUAAUCAUGUAUUGGGUGAAGUUGAUAUUGUACUAUCUAAAAUCGAUUGGUCAAAAGAAAAUGCUCGUGAUUAUACAUUUUUCUCAAUCGAUUCAUAA